AUGAGCGCGUACGCUGCUCUUAAAGAUGGAGGAUUAAAGGGAAAGUUGAUUGCAGAGAAACCACGAUACACAGAGGACGAUGAAAACAUGCUACAAUAUGCAAAUAGUUCCGAUGACGAACUGGAAGGAAAGGUCACUGGUAGCGAUUCGAGUUUAACCAGAAGCGUGGAACCAAUAGGAGCCCAAGGACAAGGCAUUGUUUAUCAACAAAAGCGAUAUAUGGAGUCCAAUUUUGUUCCUAACGAAUCCAAUCUACGAUUUGAGGAUAAACACAUUUUAAUUACGUUGCAAGAUUAUGAAAAUAUCAUUUUGAAGGGUCAAUUCAGGCUAAAGAUAGUGUCGGGGAAAGUCAAAGUUAAUAACUGUCACGAACUCAAGCCAAAUGCUGAUACCGUCUACCAUUUCACAGCACUUGAGUGUCAUUCAUUGCCGAUCAUAAGCAACGAUACUGAUUCAUCGCUGCUGGAAACCCCAAUGGUUUCUGUAAUUGAAAUUGCGAAUUAUGAGACGGGGUUGGAAAGGAUAGGAAACUUGCACCAAUCUUUGAAGAGCCUAACUUUUGACAAUCAAAACAUGAAUGGUAUAUUUAGCAAUUACACAUUUGAACCAAUUUUUGGACAACGUGAAGACGUCCAAGGUUUGAAUAUCGACAAUUCGUGGGUAGAGUAUUUUCAAAAGCAUAUGAGAUGUAAAGAACCUCGAUUCAUGGUUAUUGGGGGCAAGAAUACAGGUAAGACUACAUUCAGCAAAAGCAUGGCAAACUAUUCCGUUCUAAGCAGUAAGCAGUCGGUAGUUUACUUGGAUCUUGAUCCAGGACAAUCCGAGUUUUCAUCGCCAUAUUGUCUAUCGUUGCAUGUGGAGAAAAGUGCUCAAUAUUGCUUCGAUUGGACACACUCUCGUGCAGGAGUCAGUCACUAUUACGGAUUCACAAGCCCCAUGGAAGCCCCCACCAGAUACCUCGAGAUUGCGGAAAUCUUAUUUAAAGAGUAUUCUACUAAAUACGCUCCGAAGAGAUAUCCCCUUAUUGUGAAUACUCCAGGCUGGAUCAAAGGCUACGGCAGGGAGAUCCUAUCACAACUAUCGCAGAUAAUCGAACCCACAUUUGUGGUUCAUUUAACCAAAAACGUACCAGUAGAGCCGCUGUCGGAGAACCCAGAGUUGAUCCAAAAUCUUCAGCUUCAGGAUUUGAAUGUAUUGCCUGGAUCGUUUUAUGCAUCAAAGUAUCACGCCGCCCAGAUCAGGUCAAUUUACAAACUUUUGUAUUUCCACCAAGAUCGUAAUAAUUGCUUUGAUUUUUCAAGGUAUUUGUUGGACCAUGCUCCUUUUAGAAUAAGUUAUUACGUUGGGGAAAACGGCGCGGGGGUUUAUGCUGCUUCGGUAUUAAACUUCAAUGUCAAUCCUACUACUUUCAAUUACAAAAAUAUGCCUUUCCUUCUAGAGUCACUUAUAUGGGGAGUCUAUGCGACGGAGAAAGAAAACUUAACUGGUCAGGUGAUUUGUGACAAUCAAUACGAUUCUUUCCCGAAUAUCAUUUCAGGUGACGAGGCGGAUGCAGCAAAGUUGGAGAAGAAAGAUUUUCUUGGACUACUUAUAGUACACAGCGUCAAUUCCAAAGAUCGCUAUCUCAACGUGUACACACCUCACUUUGUUAGGUCGUUAGUUCAAAAAUACUUGAAUAAUGGUCAUAGGAUACUUUUGACACGUGGCGAGGGAGACAUUCCAGAAACAGAGAUGAUACAUCCGACCUUUGUGAAGGAAAGGAUCUCCUCCCAAUCAAAACACAUUCCGCUGAAAUUGAAAAAUCCUGUAGAUAUUCCAUAUGUGAACUUUGAUUUAAAAUCGAAAGUUGGACGUGUCUGGAAGGUUCGACGGAAUAUUAUGAGAAAGAGUCAAAGCCAUACCUCGUCUUAG